GCUGUGGCUGCAGUGCGGGUUCGGGAGUGAUCGGAGUGUACCCGCGGGUGGGCGGAGGGAGCAAACAAGCAAGCUCAGAGCCGGGCUCCAUAUACCGCGGCCGGGCGGCCAGUACACCCGCAGGGAACGCACAGUCUGAGCCCCGGAUAGCACACACAGCAUCCCGGAGACACCCGCUGGAGCCCGCCCGGCUGGAUGGAUGAGCGGACCCCCUGUCCUUGUUACAGAGUCCGCGGGGAUCUAGCAAUGCUCCUAGCGUGGAUCGUCUGCUUGCUGCCGGCGGCGGUGCGAGCCGUGGAAGGUAAGCCGCGCUCUGUACGUUCUAUUGGGGAUUAGUGUCCGAGCAUUCCAUGGAGGACCGAACGUAUCCUGCGUUCUAUAAGGUGUCCGAGCAUUCUAUAUUUAUAAUCCCUGGAUUCUAUAGGGGAAUCCGUGUGUCCGAGCAUUCUAUACGGAGCUGUGUUACUGCAUUCUAUAGAGGGAUCUGUACGUGCCCUGCAUUUCAUAAGGGGAUCUAUAGGUAGCUCUGUAUUUUAUUUAGCGUGAUCUAAAGGUAGCUGUGUAUCUUUGUUUUUAGGGUGAUCUGUAGGGAGCUCUGUAUUUUUGUUUUUAGGGUGAUCUGUAGGGAGCUCUGUAUCUUUGUUUUAGGGAUCUACCUGCAUUUAAUAAAAAGGGGUGUAUAGGCGUCCUUUUUAAAUUUUCAUUUAGGUUCCUUUUCAUAGGGCAUCCGUGCAGUAUAUAUUUGAUAUCAGUAGGAGGAAAUCUGCAUCUGGUGCUGCGUGAUAUGCCACAAGUUCUUUGGAUUGAUGACCUGCAUUAGGUUCUUACUCCCAUUUUCCACAGCCAUCAAAAAAAGCAUUAACACCCCUAAGCUGGUACUGUUUGUUGUAUAAUAACCCAGCGUGUAUCUGUGUAAAGAAGACCUAGUGGGUUAACUGUUUUUAUAGAUUUAGUUUUUUAUAUAUUAAAUAUAUAAUAAUAAUAAUAAUAAAUUAUUUAUUUUGAUAAAGGCUUGCAAUAAAAUAACUAGGCUAAAAUACAUUUACAGUACAUUGAACCUGUAGUUGUUUCCAGCUUUGCUCUGAUGAUUUGUUUUCUGGGGUGUGGUAUACUGUGGGGUACCUAUGGCCUAUCCUGGGCCUGGCCUUAUUACUAAGAUGAGCUUUUUCAGAAUCUUUGUGGAGGGGGGCUACUACAAGCCCUUGCCAAUGGUUUCUGUAUCUUGCGAUUGCCUGGUUUGCAGGAAUGGAACUUGUGGCAUAUACAUCUCCAUUUUACAGAGUUUUAGUAGUUUUUAUUUUAUUAUGGCAUUCCCCACUCUAGUCAGAAAAAGGUUUAGAUAAAUCCUGCAUGUUUUCACAUCUGAUGAUGCACAUUUGUAACAUGAGUGAGAAGUUACCAAUUCAUUGCCUGUGUAGUCAAGAAGCCUUUGUUUCUGCAUCAUCAUAUCUAAUUUUUAUAUAUAUAAUAUAUAAUUUUUUUAAUUUAUUUUUUUGUUUAAUAAAAUGUUUUAUUUUUAGAAUAACUUUUUCCCUAAGCAGCGAGCCAUUAUGUAAUAUAAAAUAUUUUGACCAGCCAGUCUCUAUUUAAAUUGUGUGAGUAGGAAAUUGCCAUAAACGGAGUGUAAUGAUAGUACAUUAUUCAAUGUAAUAUUAUACAGUGUUCUAUUUCACCACUCUAUAAAACAGACAAUUACACUGUCAGUUUAACAAUGAAAUUUCUGUUCCUGUGCCUCCAUUUUCUCAUCUUAAUAUAAAAUUAUUUCCCAGUCUUUAAACCUGUAUCCUCAUUUAUAAAAAUCGUUUAGUCUGUAAAUAUGAAGUGAAUACUAAAUUGGUUUGGGAAUGUGUGGUGGUUUUUUUUUUUUUUUUUUUUUGCUUGAACUCAAAGGAUUUCACAAACUAUAGCUCAAUUUCAUGGCUCUGUAAUUGCAAGUCAGACAAGGUAGAUCUCUCCCCAUGAGGUGGUGUGUUCACAGUGAAUGCGUGAUGUGAGAGACACAGCUUUUCUGUUUGAAAUACCCAAUUUUCCCAAUGCCUGUACUGUCCACACCGUUAUGGGUUAAGUUGGCCUCACGUCCUCUGGUUAGGGCCAGACACACAGUCUGCAUUGUAAGAGGGACAUUUUAUUUUAAGAAGAUCUAAUCCUCGACAACAAAACGGUUUUCUCUGAUUUAAAAAGAAAAAUAAAGUUAAUUUUUAAAAAUCUUUUACUACAGUUAAGAAUUUGCUGUCAACUAAAGUGCAACUAUUUUUUUAUUUUUUGUAACUUUUCUGAUUAUUUUUUUUUUUUUUCACACUUUUUCAUUUUGUAACCACUCAUCUGUUUAAAUAGACAUUUAAAAAUUUUUAAUUUACCACCCCUCCCCCUUUUGUGUAUGUUGUAUAUAACUAAUGCCAGGUUUAGUCUCUAAAUGUUUUAUGCAUUUGUAAUCAUGCAUAUAGGCACCCCUUUUAUCUUUUUCCAAAUCUCUCUCCUCUAUGCUAGCUGCUGUUGGAUUAUAUUCCUGAUUUAAUUGAGCAUUCUAGUGAAUUUGUGGCAGGAAGUCAGCAGUUUCAGUAGUAAACAUAAUCCAGUGUAGUAAGGCUCAUGAAAGAGUAAUUGUGGAGUGUACAUUGCAAAUAGUUACAUGGACAUGUUAAUGCCUACAACAUAACCGUAGAAACCGUUUUCUUCCAAUUGUUUCUUACAAAAAACAGCAAAUGACUGUGUCAGAGAUUUGAAACCUAGGAGUAAUUGUACCCUGUGGGAUAUUUUUGAAAGAGAUAAAAGGGUUACUACAAUACCUAUGUACAGAAAAGUGUUUCCUACACCUGUAUGUGAAAAACUGUCUGUUAACUGUUGAGGUUGUGGACUAGACUGGAAAUGGUUUAACUAAGAAACUGGUGCUUGGGGAACUUAAUUUAAAAAAAAAAAAAAAAAAAAUACAUUAAAAAAUUCCAGAAUUUAUAUUGGUUAUUUUCUAAACCCCAGAUUGUAGGGGAUUUUAAGUUUCACAAAAGUAAGGCAAAAUAGCCAAACUAAAGCUAUAACUUGGUUGGAGAAUAUUUUUCAGAUCACCUAAUUUUGCCUUUGUUUUGCAAUUUAAUUUUAAUUAAUUGUUUUAGUAAAUUACCCUGGCGGCAUGUAAAUGUCUAAAAUGGUUUUUAACUUUUAAAGGUAGUGCACCUGCAACAUCAUGGUCUACAGAUGGAUAUAAAAUGCUUUUCACUAUAAAACUGUUUAAAUUUUGCACCAAAAAUCGAACAAGAAUUGUAAGAGAUGGUCCAAGUGUGCAACGUAGAUCACUUUUUGCAGUGCAAUUCUCCAGAGUACUAUCUGGCAUUGGUUGUACUGUACAAAAAUUCAGUUGCCACAAUCUAACUUAAUUUCUUUCUUUUUUCAUGUAUGACAUCCAGGCACAAUUAAGUAAAAAUAUAUUUUAAGAAAAAGCUCAUGCCUGAACUUCCAUGGUAGCUUGUUUUUUCUUUUUUUUUCUGUAAGGAAAGGGGGAGAACAGCAUUGCUGUACUCGUUGUUAAUGAUGCAUUCACUGGGUUACUUGACUAAAUGAUUGAUACCUGUUUUAACUGAAUGUGAAACCUUGUUUCAACAUUUGUAUUGUGAUGUUUGUUGCUUGUUUUGUGUGUUUCCUCAAGGGCUGUGUAGUUACUUCCUACCUUCCAAAUCUUAUCUUUUUGGAUAUCUGAUUUAAAAAAACAAAAACCUCAGGGUGGGGUAAGAAGGCCAAUUUUGUACACUGACAAUCUCCUAAUUUCCUAACCUUUUAGCAUUUCCUCCAACUGGUAAUUUGCCACAUAAUUAGUCAUUUAAACAGCUAGUUAGCAUCUUUAUAGACCUUUUUAGGAAACUUAUCUUGGCUUUAUCUGCACUGCUAAGUUGCUUUUGUUGAUCUGCAGGUCUACAUUGUUUGCUGCCCUAAUUAACCUCUUAAGGUCCCAUUUCAUCCUCAAAAUCAGGCGUAUAUAAACAGUGGAAUAUCCUGCUUAUUUAGCACUGUCAGUUCUAUAGGGCAUGGCUGACACUAAAUGAGUAGGACAUUCCAUCUCGAUUGUAGCAGAGUCUUGAAGGACCAGAUGGUUAUGAUGAUACAAUGUAUUCCUUAAUGGGAAUAUUUCAAUUGAAUUUGACCAUUUUCACCAAUAUUUAGAUUUUCUUUUUUAAUUAUUAUUAUUUAUUAUUUAUUAUUAUUAUUAUUAUUAUUAUUAUUAUUAUUAUUAUUUAAGGCACAAUUAAAAUAUAAGCUAAUGAGGGUAAACAUUUGGCCUGUAUUUUUAUUUAUUUAUUUUUUGAAUACUCAAGACCAUUGAAAUGUUCCCUUUCUUCCUUGUUCUAAUGAAGGGUGUGUAUAUUUGAUAUUUUUUUUUUUAGUGAUUUCCAGAUUCCAGAUUGUUCCUAUUUACGGCCGUUUAUUUUAAGAGCAAAAUAGACUUCUUAAAUUUUUUUUUUUUUGUGUAUGUAAUGAAAAAUACAUUCGAUAGAAAAAUAUUGCCUUGUAUAUCAAUCUGCACAACGUAUAAAUAUUUUUUUAUUUUUUUUAUUCUUCUUUAAUUCAAAUAUACGAUUUAAAGCCUGUAGACCAUUUAGCAGCUUCAUUGCACGCAGAUAUCACUCACUUGGCUGUAUUUUAUACUGGCAGUACAUGACAAUAAUUUUUGAAGAUUGUUAUAUCUUGUAUCACCAAAAGGCAUUUGCUGAAUUUAACUAAGCUGCGUUCAACUGAUGGAUGAAAAUAGCAUAAGGAAUGUGACACUAAAAGCUAUACGAUGUAGCUAUGAAAGUCUUUUGACUAGUAAUUCUGGUUAAAGCUAGAACAAAACAAUGCACCUGGUUUAAUACAUGAAAGAACCCCUUGUUUUCUUUGAAUUCUUUUCUCUCCUUACUUUGCUUUUGCCGAUUUUUGACGUAGAUUCAUCGAAACAGAUGCUCAGAUCUCUAUAUUUAAACUGUUUGCUGUGCUGGUCUGUGUGAUGAAUCUUAAAAGUAUCUCAAACAGUGAUUUUAUUUUUUUUGAGAACACUUUUUUUGAACAUCCCCCAUGUAUGAAACCUACAAAGGUAAUUCCUCUUACAUAUUUUGCGUACUGUUAUGUCUUCUGUCCUUAUCUGCAUCAAACAUCUUAAUGAUUUUUCUCUUUAGAACAGAUUCCCAAAAAGUGGUUGGGGGCAUGAUUCAAUACUUUUUGAUUAGAAUAAAUGUACCCAUGGUAUGCUUUGUCCUGCAUUUUAGUCCUAUUUCUAUUAUGUAUCAAUUUGGGGUAUUGGUUACUUUUCAUCAUGAUGAUUUUAGGAUUGGAUGGGUGCUGGGUUUGAUUUGAAGUGAUGUGAUGUCUGCAAAUUGUCGUUGUUUAGCUUUGCUCCGUGUGUUGUAAUGUUUUUACAUUCCUGUGGUGUUGGUUUGCAGUUUGUGGUGGAAGGGUUGGCCCAUUCUAUUGAUGACUUGGUGGGGUGCUGGCUUAUUGUCUGCAUUUGGCAAGAGGCAGCUCACUUCAAGUAACAACCUUGUUUGCUUCCCGUGUCUCGAAAUUAACUAGUCUUCCCUUGUUAAAUCUUUAUGAAAGCAGGAACAGUCUGUGCCUUUUAAAAUAAAAAGAAAAGCGGUGUAUAACGGAGUAAAUAAGCUGUGCUGAAACGAAGUAAAAUAUAUUUAAUAUCCAAUAGACUGGCUCAAAUUUAAUAGUGUGUGUGUGGUGGGACAUAAGGUCAUAUUUAUGGUUUACUGAAUUAUGAGGAAUGUGCACAGACUUGUCAUGAGCAAGGGUGGUUUAUUCAUAUACAGUACAGUGGGAUGUUGACAUAUUGUCGUGGUUUUGGUUUGUUUUGUCCUGUACAGUUUUCACUGACAUGUGAAGUAAUGUCUGACUGAUAAAAGUUUUUAGUUAGGGGUAAAAGGGUCUGGCCUCUACAAUUACAUUCUAUUUUGGAGAAAGCCAUGUUUUAACCUACACUUUUGUACAAACCCACUCAUUUCGUCAAACAGGACUUCUUGUUGGCAUGAGAUGUUGCAUGGGCGUCUGGCUGCCCUCCAGGGGGCCUAAGCAGUACCGCUACUGGCCUUGCCCAUUACCUCACCCAUGUCGCCUGCAAUCUCUGCCUCUUUAGGGCUCAUCAUUGACAAAAUGGUACAGUUCUACGAGCUUAAACACUUGAUGUUGUCUUAGCAACGCCGGUCAUUUUGUUAGUAUCUAGGCUAUCUUGCUCUGGUCCUGCGUAUCUUGAUCCGGAGAUUUCUCUCUGCUGGUGACCGCCAUGCCCCAUCAGAACACUUGUCCGCGGAGCCACCAACUGAGACCCCCUAUUGGUAAAGUUAGCCCACUCCAGCUAGUUUGCGAGGACCAUUGUGAUGGAAUGGCACCAAAGGCGAACGAUCCCCCUCCUUAUUCUCCCCAUACCCUCCUCUGCAAUUCUGGUUUAUGGUGUGUGUUCCUCUUCAAAUUUUUCCCACAGAUCCCACAGUUUCUUGAAGGAGAAUAUUUGCGGACCUUUAAUGUCAACUUAUUGAUCAGGUAGUUAUCCUUGAGUUUAGAAAUGAUUAAGGCUAGCUGGGGAGUCUCUGGUUUUAUCCAAUGCUGGGCUAAUGCUCUGCGGGCUGCCAGAUAGAGCAUGUUCAAAAAUCUUUGCUCUGGUUUAGCUAGUUUUGGACAGGAGGCAGGUCCAUGGGUCUAGUGUAAGCCGUCUCUGCAGUAUUAGUGUGCCCAAGUCUACCACACCGCGCCUGAAAUCCCAGACUUUGGGACAGUGCCACCACAUGUGUGUGUAUAUAGCUACCUUUCCUUCCGCAUAGGUGCCAGCAAGUGUCCGUUGGGCUUACUUUCAUGUGGCAUUGUUUGAUAGGGGUCGUGUACCACCUAAAGAGCGUUUUGUAUGCCUGUUCCUGUAGGGAAGUACAUAUGGAUGUCUUUGUACAGGCCUCCCAGAUGUCUUGCCAUUCAUUUCCCUCCAACGUUUCUCCUAAGUCUGGCUCCCAGCAGUCUGUAUAUUGUAGUGUACCCCAUUCCCCCGAUUCCGACCUAAUGUGACUAUAUAGCAGUGAGAUCGGUUUCGUUGGUGAUGUUUCCUGAAAGCACUUCUUUUUUUUUAACCACGACGAUCUGCGCAAAGUCCCUAAACUGUACAUAUCUGAAGAAAUCGCGAGUGCCUAAGGGGGCAAGCGAUCUCAGGUGUUCAUAUGUUACUACCUCGUCAUUAACGUAUAGAUGUACCUGUCAGUUUAGGCCCAUAAAGUAUGGUGCAGGCUAAUCUGGGUCGUUUCCUCUUCCAAAUAAAUGCAUCUAUAGCUCUCUGUAUGUUAGCAAGGUCUCUCCUCGUGAUCCCCACUGGUAUAGAUUGGAAGAGGAACAGCAGUCUGGGCAUGACCAUUUAUCUUAACUCAAUGUAGCUGCCCCAGCCAUGUUAAGGGUUUAUCUGUCCAUUUUUCUAGGUCGUUCUUCAGUGUUAUGAAGAGUGGUGUGUAAUUGUACCUGAAUAAUGCGUUUGGGUCUGCUGUUAUUUGUACUCCUAGGUACGUGAGUGCGUCUGUGGUUUUGUUGUAGUGGAUCUGUCUGAUUAGCAUCACUUUCUGGUCGGUCAUGUGAAAGGGCAUUGCUAUCGACUUGGUAAAAUUUAUCUAAUCUGGCCAUGGAGCAUUUUGGGUCGGUCAUCAUCAGUAACACAUCGUCUGCAUAUGCUACCACUUUUACUUCCUGAUUCAUGAUCUAUACCCCCUGUAUUUGUAGGUCAGUUCUGAUGGAAUGUAGUAGUGGCUCCAGGGAAAUCGCGAAGAGGAGUAGUGAAAGGGGAAGUCCAUGGAUAUUUGACCAUUCGGUCUACCAUCCCUGCUGUUUGGCCAUGCAAUAUCAGAUAUAACUAUGCCCACCCAGCCUGUUAACUCCUGUGCAGACACAAAUAAUGAUUGUGACAUGUAAGGCAGCAGGUGGUUGCAAUACAUGCUAGAAUUGGUCUCUAGAAAUAACUGGAACCAGGUGAUCACAUUGUGCUCGAUCUUAUUCUUGCUGUCCUUACAUACUUUUAUUUUAUUUUUUCCUCUCUUAGGCUUCCAUAUAGUAAGGCACUUGGCACCAGUCUGUCUUUGUAGGUCUUCUGGCUUUAUUUCUUUCUCUCCCGUUGCAGCUCUGUAUUUUGUCUCUCUAAAGCCUGCUGGGUCAGUCAUUCUGUAUGUCUCUUAGCCAUAGCAGGUGGUCUCAAUGCUAAUAGCCACUCAUUGAGCAGUCAGGUUUUGGAUAUAAAUCAGAAAAAUGAAUCUUCCAUGUUGACAUUUAGGUAUGUUGGCUAAUGAGUAUUCACAGGUGUUCCUCUGCCAAUGUCUGCAGGGAAAGUAAUCCUUUUUAUUUAAGUGUGUGUGUGUGUGUGUGUGUGUGUGUGUUACUCCCACACAGAGGCCACAAAGUUCCAAGUCUACUCUUUUAUUCACUUCAAAAAGUUGCGCUCCACCACCUAUGUAUGUAUACAAUACAUUGUGUUUAUUCCCAGCUUGGCUGGAGCGCGUUAUUCUGGGGUCUAUUUGAAAGGAGGGUCACAGCAUACGCCUCGAUUUCCAUGCCUAUUUUGUCUGUAGGGUAAGUGAGCUUCUAUGUAUAGAGGUUUGCAUUGAGUAUUUGUGGAUAUGCCGGGAUGUGCAUUACUUUCCAUGAAAGCUACAAUGGUGCUAUAUUGGUGUCUGUACAGUAUGCUAGCAGUACUGAGGCCCUUGCCUACGUGUCCUGGAACAUCCAUAAACCAUACUUUAGACCAGGGGUUCCCAAUAAAUUUUUCCUGUGGAACCCUUUGACAUGGUAUACCAACAUUUGUGGAACCCCCGACAAAAAAAAUUGCUACAUAGCACAAACCUUUUAAGAAGUGCCUUUUUUAUCAUCACUUUCAAAUAUUUUGUUCAUAAACUAUUUAGUCUUAUGAUACUCCUGAAGCUUUCGCUUACAGGCAAUGUCUUUAUCUUUGUACCCUGGGUGGUUUUGCUCAAAAUGAUGACAUAAUUGGCUAAAAAAAAAAAAAAAAACACUUCUCUAACCUGAAAAAAUACAGAUCUCACUACCUGACUGCAAUGGAUGCUGUUUUUUUUAUAGUGCUCUUAGAAAUAACUUAAUGUUAGAAGGAUUUUGAAUCCGCCUUGGAGCAAAAAGAUUAGAACACUUUUUUUUUUUUUUAAACAGGUCUCACUACCUGACUGCAAAGGAUGCUGUUUUUUAAAAAAAAUUAAAAAAAAAUUCUUUUUUUUAUAAAGCUCCUAGAAAGAAUUGAACACAAGCAAGAUUUUUGCUCAAUCAAGGAGUAAAGAGAACACUUGACUACAAAUUUCACAAAAGGAUGCUGUUUUGUCAACAGUUCUUAGAAUGACAUUUUUGGUAUAUCACAGAUUUCUACUGGUAGUACGCAGGGAAAAAUUAUAAUAAAAAAAAAUAAAAAAAUAAAAUAUAUAUAUAUAAUAUAUAUAUAUAAUAUAUUUUGACAAAAUCAUGUAGAUACUCUCAUUUCACUCUUGCAAUUAUUUGGUAGUUAGAAGAAAUUGCAGCUACUCCCAUGAACACUAUAUGUCCCUAUGCAAGCACGCCUCACUUCAACCAAAAGUAAAACACCUUGCUCUUGUGAGAAUAGGGAACCCCAUAGAGCAUUUAUCAAAAUAAAUUAGAUAUUGCACUUGGAUCAAUAUGCCAAGUCAGUAUAAGGCAGCUUAACACUAAGGGAGAGGGGUAAAACAAUAUAGGGAGGAGAAAAGAAUUAAUGAAUGCUGGGAGGAGAGAGGAAUGAAGGAAUACUGGGCUGGGAGGAAUUCUUACCCUAAAUGACGCUGGGUGAGCUCACACAGGACAUGCAUGCAUGUGUGUAGCGAUCUCGGCUGCGCAAUCUGUUUCCGACCUUCAUGGAACAGCAGGGAGCAGCGGCCAUCUUGGAUGGGAGAAUUCACGUCCGAACCCCAAUUUUGUUCUUGCGGAGCAACAGUUGGGAAACGCUGCCUUAGACUCUUGAUACCUUGCCAGCACAUAACUUACUUCUUCUACGUGAUGUGCAACCACUAUUAAAAUUAAAUUGAUGCAUUUGAGGAGUGCUGAAUGUCUGUCCCACUUUCCCCUCUAGCCUGUGGGACACUGUAUGUUAACAUUAAGGGCGAAAUUUCAUUUGCUAUGGUAUGUAGAAAAUCUAUAGACCUCUUCUUUCACAAUAGCAAAAAUUGAACAUGUCCGCAUCUUUGACCUGUCACACAUAUAAUCCUUAACCACUACUAUGACAACUGAAAUGUAAAUUCAGCUUUUCUCAUUAGUUCCAUCUGACUAUCGGCUCCACGACCAUGUAAACAAAAUACAACCCUACACCUGCUUGUUAAGGUAACUAGCCAUACAACAGAUUGUGUGGCUGUAAUAUACAUAAAAGGAGGAUGAGACCUAGGAUUGGGUGUUGUCUGAUUGUAAGUGGCAGCCAUUUUUACUUCAUAGAAAGUGGCAGACUUCUAUUUUGGGAACUUCUGGGAAUGGUGGCACUAGAACACUGGGCCAGCAUCUCCAUAACAACUCCUGUAAAGCAAAUACAGUUAAUUAAGUCAGAAUUUGGUAUAAAUUGCAUGCAUCUGUCUAAUAUCAGCCGUAUAGAACUCUAGUGGUGAGGAAUAUAUAUAUUUUUUUUAAUUUAAUUUAAUUUUUUAUUAUUUUGGGCCUGUUUUUAUAAUCGUAACGGAGAAUCAUUUCAGUUCCCUGACACAUAAAUAUUGUCACUGAACAUAUACCUCGCCAUAUGGCUGCUGUUGCCCAUUUUCAAACAGAUACUGUAUUUGCUUUAGAAUAAAGACUUGCGUAGUCCCAGAUCCCAGAGAACAUGUUAUGAUGAAAGGGGGCAAGAAGCUCACGACACAAACAUGUAGCUGAAAACGGUGAUUGCUAAAUCCAUGGCACAACUCAGGUUAUUUUGGGGACAACAUACUGUGUAUCUCUACCAAACAAAUAAGGGUGUACCAUAGUCAAGGUUUUGAGAUGUUAUGCACUGUACUAUUACACGUUGUUUAGUUUACUUUUCUCAGUGCACUGAUUGAACAGACUGGUCUUAUCUUGACAGACAUAUGAUCUUCCCACUUCAUAUUUAAUGCUACAUGCAUAUGAAAUGAAUCUGUGUAAUUUAUAAAAUACACAAUCUGCUCAUCAUCAUAGAGAAACACAUUCGUGGGAAUUUACUCCCUUGGGAGGGAAGGGAAUGAGUUAGAUUAAUGGAUGUCAAACCUAUAUCUUAUCUAAAUGCCCUACUCGAGGCAUGCUUGGCAGUCAAAUGACCAUUCUUCUGUCAUACAGUUGAUUUUGUGGUAACUGAUGUGUUGCUUUGGGUGGGAGCUUAGCUAAUAUAGGCUAUAUAUAAUGGUAGCUGACACAUAGGAGAUUGGUGUAACUAGUUUCUAUUCACUCUCUAGUACUCCUGUGGAGCAUCAGCCAUUCUUAUAGCAUGAACACUAAGAAGAUUAGGGGAGAGAUGCCAGCUGUUGAGCAGAUAGCUUGAGAAAAAACCCUUAAAGGGAAAGUCACACAAUUGUAUAUUUGGAAUGUUGUGUUAACCAACAUUUUGUGCAAAUGCCAGGAAACCAUGACUUUUGAUACUUGUUUAAUGGAUUCGGUAGAUUUCCCUAAUUAGAUUAACAUUUUGGUGGGGGCGGGCUUCUUCCCUGUGGGACAAAGGGUAAAGAGUGUUGGGGUUAAACAAUGAUCAUAUCAAUGUGUAAAGGAGGGGGAGGGGAUAAUCCAAUAUAAAUCUUAUCCUGAUUUAAAUUCACCUUUGAAUAGUUGAACAUUGUCCUCUAGCAUUUGUUUGUUUGAGCAGGUUCCUCAUCUACCUAUUCUUGUAACUUUUUGUAAUUGUCUCAUUUAUUGUCAAAUGUCUCCGUUUUUAUAAUGUUAAGUGGUGUGGAAUGUUUUGGCGCAAUAUAUAAAUGUCAAUAUGUGCACUUUUUUAAUACUGUUUUUAAUGUCCUUGUGGAGUACCAUUCUGUCCUAUUUUUUGGCACUCUCUCAUUCCCCAACCCUUUCCUUCUGUAACUGGUGACUAGUUUGUAAUCAAUAUUUUUGUAUAAAAGUUUAGAAGAAAAAAGUACUGUUUUCUGCUAGUAUAAUAGAAAUAAAUCCACCAUUGUCUAACUUGUUCUAAUGUUUGCAAACCACUUUGUGUUCCAAAAAAGAGGUAACGCAGACUCUCAUUAUUUGCUUGGGUGACCAUCUUCAGUAAUCCCCAUUAUUAUAGAUGCAUAGUACUUAAAUGUGUUAUAUUGUCUCUUCUGCUGUCUCUAAAAACAUUGGACAGUAAAUGGUAGAUUUGUAGGAUGAAAAGUUGAUGGUAUUUGUCUAUAACACAUCGUCAUUUUGCAAUGUCAGUGAAAGCUGUUUUGUGUGUUGCUCACAUAUAACAUAUAUUGAGGUAGGCAUGGCUGUUCUUUGGUUAGGGCAUAGGUAUGUGUGUAUUAAAACCUAACAACAGUGUUUGAUAAACUGGUUUAAUGCCUGUAAGGUUUACCUUUAAGCCAUGUGGGUCUGUUUGCGGAAAUACAAGAGGCUACAUUCUGUUUUUAAUUACAUCAGAAUUAUGGUAUUUGAAGCAAAAUUAUAUUGUUUAAAUCAAUAUUUUCCCUCUCAGCCCAGCCUACCUCAUCUACUCCUCUUUACAUCAAUCAUGGCUUAUGAAGUGUCUCAUCGAAAAGGUGUGCAAAGUUCUACAAAAUUAAAGCAAUUGGCAUGGAAACCAGCGUUUUAUACUUCCAUGACCACCUCCCAGUAACCUACCCCUUUUUAAAAGCAAUUAAAAUAAUUUUUUUUGGUUGCCCUGUGCCUUUUCACAAAUCUAGCAGCUUGUUACUCCUGGUUGUGUUUUCAUGGAUCUAUUACAGCCAGCUUUCCGUUACAGGUUUCCAAACUCUCCUGCUUAACUUUGAAACCAGACCCUCUGUUGUUUUCCUAUAUGGCACCAACAAACAUCACAGCGCUGGUUAGCUAGCUUUUUAAUGUAUAGAAACCUCUUUUCGGCUGCAGUUCAGUAAUAACAUGGUAUGGUGAACAUAUUGUGUGGAUGAAUGUACAGAGUUUUCUCAUAAGGAGAAAAAAAGUGAAAAGAACUGCGUUCUUGUGAUGUUGACUCGACGUACAUGCUUAUUGCUGUGAAAUAGAUGACGGAUGUUCAUUCAACAGGAACCACAAUACUAGUCCAUCCAGUGUGGGUAAUCUAGUACCACGUGUGUUUAUACAUACAUACAUACAUAUUGGUGUGUGUGCACGCACCUCCCCCUAGCAGGGGCCCUUUCUAAGCUGUCCAGCAGGGAGGGGGAAGCCCCCUGGGGCUGUCUGAUGGUGGGGGUGUGUUAGGAUUAGCUUACCCUGUUUUACACAGCAAUCUCCACUAAGUCCAGGCCUUUCUCUUUAUUCUUCCCCGCCCCCUCUCUUUCCCCUCUUUUAAUGAGAAAAAUGUGUCCAACUUGAAACUAAGCCAGGGUUAGAAAUUACAGUGAAACCUUAUGUUGCAAACAGGGGGGGGGGGAAAAGUCUCAUGGUACAGAGUGUUGGUGUCUGUGUCGCAAUAUGCCAGAGUAUAAUUUUACCUGUAUGAUGCCAACCAUGUAUUUAGUGCCUUGCAUGAUUACGGCACAUGAAAGAUAGGAUUCUGCUAAUAAGCUCUUGGGUGGAGGCUCGGAGUACAUAAUUAGACCAGGUAAAAGUGACUAUUUUCCUGUUGUGUGUCUUUUGACUGUGUCUGUGUGGCAAUAACGUUCUCAUGCAGUGAUGCACGUUGGUCACAAAUGGACAAAACCCUGACUAAAUGAUUCUUUGGACAACUAAUGUAAGCUCCAAGAACCUGGGAAUCAUUAUUUCAUAAUGACAUAAAGAUUGGCAAGUAUUGUAGCCAAAUAGAGAAGAAAGCCAGUAACAUGCUGGGCCUCUAUACCAAGAGGUAUGUGCAGCAGGAAAAGAGGUAAUUGUUUUACUUUAUCACUGACAGAAUCCUUUUUAAAAUAAACAAAUCGUUCAGAUAUCAGAGGUUGGAGCUCCCAAAAGAAGUAUUACAGAUUAUUGUAAAUACCGUCUCUCCACCAAUUUUUAUUUAUUUUUAAUGAAUGGUUUUCUUUUCGUGUGACACACAUAUUGCACUCACUUUUUUUUUUUUGUGUGUGUGUGUGUGUGUACUACACAUGUAGAAAAGCUGGUUCUAGUAUUUUGUAUUUAUUGUGAACACAUCUAAGCAUUUUUUACCUCUUGUCUAUAUCAUUAUUCUGUUGUCAGGUAUUCCCAUACUAUAAUUGUAAAUUACUGCAGAAAAUGUUGCCUCUUUAUAGAAUUCCUUAAUCUUAAGUCUGGAGCUACGUUAUUAAAGUGUAAUUAUCAGUAGGAAUGUUGCAUUUAUUUGAGUAGUGUUUGUCACUACAUAUAUAGUUAAAUAUUUUGCAAGAUGAACACCAGUUGAUCUGAAUCUAAAAUGUCUGACACAAGCAGCAUUGUUAUGGUAUAAAUAUCACAAAGUUUCCCUUCUUGUCUCAAGAGUUUUAUGAACCCUGAAAUUCCAUGGUUUUUCUAUCCUGUAAUCUUUAAGGAUUAGAUUUCUCUUUACAUAAAAUCCCUGCAUGUCACAUGCCUAAUCAAAGUUAAUUGAACAUUAAUGUACACAGGACAGAUGUCCAUAUAUGUUAAAUAAUAGGUUGCUGUGUGUAACCGGAAACAAAUAAUGAAGGAGAAGAAUAAAAUGGUCACGCUAUUGCCAGAAUGCCCUUACAAGCUUAAAUUGACCUCUUGUACCUCAAGGUCACAGUGGAAUCUAAGUAUAUGUCUCAGGCUUGUGCUGUAAGCUCGCUGGUGUCAUGCUGAUGGCCGUAACCACAGUAUAGGUCACUGUGUCAUUCAUGUUAAUGACAUUAAAAAACUUGAUAAGUUGCUUCUUUGCCACCAGUAGUGACAAGAACAGCUACCACCAUGUUGCACAAGGCGCAAGCUGUCACAGGGACAUUGUUGAUGAGAGAGGUCUUUAGGUCACCGGCAAAAGCUCUCGAUGAGCUAGGGACUGUCUAGUAUUUUUGGAAGAAAGAAGGAGGAAAAAAAAAGUUCUGUGCCAUUUCUAUUUAUAUCCUAUUCAUAUUUGUAUCCAGAUACAAGAUUUUGGGGGUGGACAAGGAAUUUAACAAAGUCAUAAAGUAUUGCAUUCCACAACUGAAUCUUUUUAUAUUUUUCUAUAUUAUUGCUGACCAGCACCGGGCAACUAAGGUAUGAUGCAAGGAGUGCAGGACUAUUUAAAAAGACAGUGGGGAAAAAAAAAAAAAAGAAAAAAAAAAAAGAGUACGUAGAUGUAGAAUCUUCUUACUGUUAAAAAAUUUUUUUUUUACCACUUUCUUUUUAAAUAGUACUGUACUCCUCGCAUCAUACCAUACUUGCCCUGUGCUUGUCAGCAAAAAUAUAGAAAAAUAUAACAAGAUGACAUUCCCAGGACUUCAUUCAAAAAUGAAACUUUGCUUUUAUUUAUUUCUGAAACAUUGAGAUAUAGAUAUAUAUAUAUAUAUAUAUAUAUAUAUAUAUAUAUAUAUAUAUAUAUAUAUAUAUAUAUAUAUAUAUAUAUAUAUAUAUAUAUAUAUAUAUAUAUAUAAUUUUUUUCACAAGAUCUAUUCGCUAACAGCAACUGACAGAUUUUAUUAGGUGUGGUUUUUUUAAUUUUUUUUUUUUUAACACCUAAUCUAGGCAAAAAUAAUGGGGGUUUAGUUAUAUUAUAUGAUCAUACAUUGCAUAAGCCAGAGAAAGAUAUAUAUAUAUAUAUAUAUAUAUAUAUAUAUAUAUAUAUAUAUAUAUAUAUAUAUAUAUAUAUAUAUAUAUAUAUAUAUAUAUAUAUACAUACAUUCUCACAUACAAGCAACUUUUAUAUUUGUAGUCUUGUAUAGCUUGUCUAGUAACCUAAAACUACAAAUGUGUUUCUCUAAAAAUGCAAUAUUUGACAUUGCAGGUUUAGGGGGACCAGUGUACUGCACCCAGACCGUUUCAAUAAGCUGAAGUGAUCUGGAUGCCUUAAUGAAAUCUGUGUAUAAAAGCACAAUUGCAAAUCUAGAUUUAAAAAAAAAAAAAAAAAAGUAUUGCAAUGCAUUUUGUCAGCUAAAAAGGUUAUCGGGGCUUAAAUUGCUUGGUGUUUUCAAGUAUUUAACUACUCCUUUACUAUAAUUUGGCUGCAGUGGGUGCAUCCCACAAAGGAAAGCAAUAUAUCUGAUGCUUACAUCUUUUGGAUUUUUUUUUCCCUUCUUGAGUUUGAAAAUCGUUUUUCAGAAAUUUUGAAGGUGGAUUCUGAAAUGUCAGCCAGUUUGCUAUGGAACUCGUUAUCCUGGUUCUGCACUAGAUAACUGUUACAAAGCUUUUUGAAAUGCUGAAAAAGAGCAGCCAAUUAGGUAUAGGAGGUUUUAUUGCAUGUUGGUAGAUAUUCUGUUCUUAGAGACAGAUGAUCUAUUUUUCAAGCUAUUCAGCAUUUUUCCUACUUAUCUCUAACACAGUUUUACGUAUUCAAUAAAUUUUGAAUGAAUGCUAUAUGGGUUUAACCCCCACCGUGACAGUGAAUGGGUAAUAUCAUGCAUGCACUGACAAGUCAUUUUUUAUGAAGGCUUUUUUUUUUUUUUUUGGGUCUGUCUCCUUUUCAAGUGUCCUAGUUUACGUAAUGCCUGAAGAAAUCAAUACCUUGCUUUCCUCUGAAACUACCAAUUUUAUUUUGAGAUACUCAACCCGCCACCUUCCCAAGAGAUUAAUUUCUGUACACGUCACUCUUCAUGUUCUUAAGAGCAUUAAGCAGGGUCUGUUAAUGAACUUCAUGAGAGAUCCUCGCAGUGGAAUAGGUGUGCAGAACAUCAAGAGGAUCUCAAGAACUUGAUGCAGAGUGAAGGAUUUUAAAUCUGUGAAUUGAGCCUUUUGUGCAUGUUAUGCCUUGCUGAGGAAUUAAGGCAGUCAUUUGAGAACUUACUCUGUAGUUACAAAGUAAACAUCAGUGAACAAAAAUGUGUGUAAAAUACAAGAGUCAGACAGAAUGUUUCAAAGCCAAGUAAGGAGAACAGGUAUUGUGUCCUAUCGGCUGGGAAGCCAAUGGCAUUUCGGAAACUGAAUCAAACUUGUAAAGUAACCCAUAGAUGACCUAUUUCAAUGCCAUUUCAGUCAGAGCAUCAUAUUAGUGUUUUGUCGUGUUUUUUUUUUUUUGUUUCUGGAAUAAGAAUGCAGCUUGUUUUUAUAAAAAGGGUUUUAAAUGUGGCUUUCUUGAUAAGAUGUUGCAAAUAAAAUGGGCAUUGGUCAGAGUGAAAAUCCUGUCUGUACAGUGUCUAGUGAGAGCAAAAUGUAUUGGUAUAUAAACACGUUUGUUCCGUUCUUAACCCCUGAAUUGGAAUCCGAAACUGGGUAACCCUGCAAUUUUCCGUGGGGCCUCUUUGACUCUUGGUUGAAAAAAGCAUAAUGUAUUCUUCAAAAUCUAUGUAACUGCUAAAAAUACAUUGCGUACUGUAGAGGCACAGCCUUUGUGCUUCUAGACACUCACUAGAUGAGUAAGCUUGUUUUUGCUAUUGAGGAAUAUGUUGUCACUUUAUGAAUAAUAGGCCGUGGAGAAAAGCUACAUACAUGGAAAGCAAUGUAUUUAUGGUAUAUAAACGUGUAGCUUUCUCAAGCGUAAGCAGACCGCUCUCAGCCAAUCAUCAGCUCCCCUGCCCGUCAGCACUCUGCGUUUCCUGUAUGUAAAAAUUCAGAAGGCGGAUGCCACCAGGGGUGUAGUGGAGGCGACUUAGGGGUUAAAUCAGGGGUCCUCAAACUCCGCCCCACCCCCCACCCCCCCCCCCAGAUGUUGCUGAACUACAACUCCCAUGAUUCUUUGAAUUGCAUAGAUAGCCAGAGAAUCACGGGAGUUGUACUUCAGCAACAUCUGGGGGCCGCAGUUUGACAACUUAAUUCUCCUUUUAAGGACAGAAGCCUCUUACAAAUUCUCGCAGCAACUACCAUUAAAGGGACACUCUAGUCACCAGAACAACUAUAGCUUAUUGAAUUUGUUCUGGUGAGUAGAAUCAUUACCUUCAGGCUUUUUGCUGUAAAUACGGUCUUUUCAGAGAAAAUGCAGUGUUUACAUUACAGCCUAGUGAUAACUUCACUGGCCACUCCCCAGAUGGCUGUUAGAGAUCCUUCCUGGGUGAUGGCUGCCUAAAAUGCAUCCAAACAUUCAGUGUCUCCUCCCUCUGCAUGCAGACACUGAACUUUCCUCAUAAAGAUUAAUUGACUCAAUCUCUGAGGAGAUGCUGAUUGGCCAGGCUGUGUUUGAAUCAUGCUGGCUCUGCUCCUGAUCUGCCUCUUUGUCUGUCUCAGCCAAUCCUAUGUGGAAGCAUUGUGAUUGGAUCAGGCCACCAUUUCUAAUGAGGUCAGAGGAUGUUCACAGGCAGAGACAGCAGCUUACAAGUAAGAUUUUACUAACUUUGGGGGGGGGGGGCACGCGCAAUAGUGGUUUUAACACUAUAGAGUCAGGAAUACAUGUUUGUGUUCCUAACCCUAUAGUGCUCCUUUAAUGCGCUGUGCUUACUCCUCUAGCGAGUCUCUUUCACUUUACCUGAGGAGUGAAAAAACAUGGAGUGAUAGAUAAUGGGUAUAGGUAGGAGUGGAUGGUGGGUGCUGAAUUCUUGUAACACCCACAUACCCUGUAUGAUAGUGGACACAAUGUGUCCUAAAGCAAGUGCGUAUAAUCUGUUAUGAUAAAUUAUGUUUAUUAUGCAGGUUUACAUAGGAUAAUCGGUCAGUCACCAUAGCAGAAAUGUAACAGCUGCAUAAAGCUUUUCAAGAACAGGUUAUUAGUGGAUUUCAAUCAAUGACAAAUUUAAAAGGACUUAUUUUAUACACGUUGGUAGUCUUUUCUUAAUUGUACUUUUGUUACUUUUGAUAGUUGUGUGUUUAUUAAUUCAGUAAGUUAAUAUACAGUGUUUUAUAACCUUAAUAUCCCCAUGCUAAAUGAUUUAUAUAACUACCAGAGAAUACUAGUUCCAGGUUUACUAAAAAAGUACAGGCAGUACUCUGAUCAGGCCAUUUCUCCUACUGAGUGGGCCUCUUACCAUGACGCCACAUAGACACAUGUGAUGUCAUAGAACCUUCUCCCAAUGCACUGUAGAAGUUGAGGUGAGCUGAAGGCUUACUACCUCAUAUGGCAAGGGGUUUCAAAAUGUCCAAUAGCAGCCCAGAUUUUAUGGGUACAGAUCACUUUAUCUGUGGCAAUUUUGUGUAAUCCUAAACUUAAGAAGUUGCAGAUUGUAUUGCCAUCUCUAAAAUAUCCAUGCCUUUACUAUGGCUGUGCCCUGAAUUUAUCAAAAUGAACUCUUCAUAAGGUUGUCUUUCCUGUGUAAAUUUGUUGAUCAGACUUGAAAUAAAUAAUAAUAAUAAAAAAAUAUAUUCUUACACUAUUUAUUUAUUUUUUAAUUCUCCAGUCCGUUUGACACUAUCAUCAGCAUUUAUAUAGCGUCAACUUAUUUAGCAGCGCUUUAUAAAUGAGCAUUUUAAGGAAUUCUAACGUACAAGAGAGGCACAAUGCGAGCAAAAUUGGUGGAAUAAAAAAUUCAGUGUUUCUUUAACAAUGUGAAAAUAACAUGCACACUAUUGAAAGAGAGCUAAAUUGCAUGCAAUUAUGUGCUUCUAUAAGCCAUGUUAAUUCGAAUAAAAGUGCACACCCCCAAAAUUAGAUGUUCUAGUGUAUAUAAUUAAUUUAUACUCCCAUAGUGCUGCAAAAACACAGAAAACAUAAGACACACUACUGUAGCACUAUAAUACAGUGCAUAGAUCUGUGCCUUUUGGGGGGGGGGGAUAGGGGAAGAAAAUAAACAAAUUCUACUUGAGUACAGUGCCUGACACCAGAUGUGUAUAUUACUUAAUCGUAUGCAUUCACAUCUGCUGCCAAUCUACUGAGGCGUGAUAUAAUUAAUUGAUUGAAAGUUUUGGUAGACCUUAGAAUAUCUUUUCAGUAAAAGUGGUAAAUGCCAACACAAUAAAGGUUUAAGGAACCCUUUUAAAAAAAAAAAUUUUUAUUUAUUUAUUUUCAGGUCUGAGAGUUGUCUAUUUGAGAUGCACUUACAGUAUAGAUGAACCCAGCCAGUUGGCAGAUGUAUUUAUCUUAAGAGACCUCAUAAGUGAUGAAGACUUUUGUAAGGUUUCCUAUAUUUUCUGCAUGUAAAAUGAGUAUUAAUUCAGCAACAUGUAACCUCUAUCUGCUGACCAGGCCAGCCUUUGUUUCACUGGUGCAAAAGAUGGGAAUGCCCUUAAAACAAAUGCCACUUUAUCCUAAUGCUAUUUGCAUUUGUUCUAAUGGAAAGCUAUUCCAGCUUUACCCAAGAAUUGGUCAUGUUAAAAUAGUGAAGGAAUUUAAAGUGCCCUUCAAGUUAUUUUAACUUUUGCAUCAAAGAUAAAAUAAAACUUCUGCUGAAGUGGUGUAAAGUGGAUCUAUUAAGCAAGCAAAAAUUUAGAAAGUUUAAAAAAAAAAAAAAAUGUUCAGUGGUUUUUAAAGAAUGCUUUGAAUGUGCUUGUGACUAUCCCGAUGAACAAACACCGUAAAAUCAGAUUUCAUUAUGGGCAGACUAGAAGGGCCAGUUGGUUCUUAUCUGCUUUCACAAUCUGUUUCUAAUACAGUGAUUAUACAAGUUUGUUCUCUGCUUGUGGAGGCUACAUCAUGUGACCUAACACUAGCCUAAAUUACAAAAUACAGAAAUGUGGCUCCGGCGGGGCACACACAAAUUUAAAUUUUUCGUGGAAUUGUCCUUUCUGAGAUCACUGACUUUUUUUGGUUCAUCGUCAGUCAUGUUAACAUGUCGAUUAAUAUCGAAUAUGGCAUUGUUAUUCCCCUCGGUUUAUAGACCCGGCUAUAUUUUUAUCAACCCUUUAUGAAAGGUGAGGAAGAUCAGAUUUUGUAUGGUGGUCCAUUCAAUGUUGGGAUGCUUUUUGUCUUGGUGUAUGUCUGUGUUCGUAUAUAUAUUUUAUUUUAAAUGCAAAUAAUUUAGGACUGUGGCAUGCUAUGCUUUUGUCAGCUGUUGCUCUUGGCACCAUUCUGGCAAAACAAAAUGUUUCUGGAUAAUUGUGUGCCAGUAGACACAUGUGUUACUUCCAAGUCACUUAGGUUGAAAAUUAUACUGCUUGCAAAUAAUUUCUUGCUGCAUUUCACAGAACAAUCAGUACAAAUGUAUACAGAAUAUCUUCUAAAGCAAGGUUGCCAGACUAAAAUCUUUCCACCGUUGAUGGGUGAUUUGUUAGGACCAUUGCAGAAAUCUGUUGCCAAAGAGAGGCUGGCAGUCUUGGCACAAUAUGUGUUUAAACUUGCCAGUUAAAUGUUGACUGCCUAAGGAGCGAGGCAGUUCAGCAACAGCCAGUCGUCUGUGACAUUUCUGCGUGGAUCACUGUGCGAGACAGUCAUAGAUUCCUUUUUAGAAUAUAAGCGUACUUUGAGAAGCCUUUGCAUUUCUUUUUCCCCUAUGCCUACAUGUGUUUGUCAUCAUUUACCGGUGUUCUUUGUUUAACCAAUGUAUUGCUUUGUUGAAAAUGUUGACACUUUUUUUUAUUUUAUUAAUAAAUAUAUGAUAAUCACAACACUCAGGUGGCUUCCCAGUGUUUGCUUCUCAUCUGCCAAAGCCAAUGUCUACAAAAAGAGAGACGGAGGUUUGUUGGUGUACUCAGUCUAUGAAAAAUAUUAUUGGGUUGCUUUGGCUUAGUGAGAGUUUUUGGGUGAGUGAAUAUUUUGGAAAAUGGUUUACUUAAGACAUUCUCUAGUUUAAAGGAGACAGAGCACUUUGCAAGAUGUUUAAUAUAUCUUUACCUAUAUUUAACAAAUAUGUAUUUGUGAGGUCUGAAAUAAAAAAAAAAAUAUUUAAUUUAGAAAUACACACAUCCUUAUCCUGCAACAGGGGUCCUCCAUCUUGGCUCCCUGUCAAGCGUUAUGAGGUCUGUCCUUUGUACCUGUUAGUCGGCAUAGAGAAAUCGCACUGAGAAGACUAGAAAUAGAGAUUUAUCAGAGUGUUGUGGUCGAAGUACUAAAAAUGGGGCAAUGUUUCUAUUUCUCCUCUCUUCAUGGCCUGGGCUUCUCCCUGGCUUGGGCCUUUCUGAAAUAUAUAUAUAUAUUUAUUUUUUUAUUUUUUAUUUUUUUCCUUUAGUGGUAGUUAAAAGGAAGAUUUGGCUUCUCAUGCAAAAAGGUUAACUCACGUAAUUUUCAAUGGUAUAAAUUCUAGAGUGACGGCUCCCCUGUAAAGAAAAUCUCUGGACACCAUAACAACUUAAAUCUCAUCUUCCCUUAAAGGACCACUCUAGGCACCCAGACCACUUCAGCUUAAUGAUGUGGUCUGGGUGCCAGGUCCUUCUAGGGUUAACCCAUUCUUUUAUAAACAUAUCAGUUUCAGAGAAACUGCUAUGUUUAUUAAUGGGUUAAGCCUUCCCCCUAAUCCUCUAGUGGCUGUCUCAUUGACAGCCACUAGAGGCGCUUGCGUGCUUCUCACUGUGAUUUUCACAGUGAGAGCACGCAAGCGUCCAUUGGAAAGCAUUGUAAAUGCUUUCCUAUGCGACCGGCUGAAUGCGCGCGCAGCUCUUGCCGCGCGUGCGCAUUCAGCUGACGGGGCGGAACGGAGGAGGAGAGAAGGAGGAGAGCUCUCCGCCCAGCGCUGGAAAAAGGUAAGUUUUUACCCCAUUCCCCCUUCCAGAGCCGGGCGGGAGGCGGUCCCUGAGGGUGGGGGCACCCUCAGGGCACUAUAGUGCCAGGAAAACGAGUAUGUUUUCCUGGCACUAUAGUGGUCCUUUAAGGGGUUUGUAUAUUUCUCCCACAGUUUUGUGAAUGGGAAGGUAGUGAGGAGCUGGAAGCAUAGUUUUAUGUUCGGUCUAUUAACUAUCCAAUCCUACGUUUACUCUCUGAAACCUCAGACAUCACUGGAUGUCUGGGCAGGGGAUAAUACAGUCUUCACAAACUCAGAAUCCUGGAUACCCCAGCACUAUAAUCGAUGAGAUAAAGUUGUUAUGGUGCCCAAAAUAAAUGCAUAUUGCCCAAAUGUUAUGGAGGUUGCAGAUAAAUGAAAGUUGUUGGUUUUGGUCUUCUUAAUUUUGUGCUAUGUGCUAUUGAAAUCCAAAAUAUAGACCAAAGUGUUUACUCGAAAAUUUAUUUUACAUGUCUGUGCUCCUGGUACACUCUGAUAUUGAUGUUCAGUUGUAUAAGCCAUGAAUUAUUUUAGAAAGUGUUUUCUGUAAGAUUUUAAAAUGCAGUUUCCUUACAAUGAAUACACUGCACUAGGAUAACUAUAUGAUCAGAAAACAAGUUUUUGAGUUUGACCCUUAAUAAAGUUACUGAAGUAGUAAAAUGUUUUUUUUUGUUUUUUUCAUACCAGCGCAGGUGAUUGUUUUUGUGCUUGCACAUGUGGAAAUAUUAGAAACACUUUUUUUGUAUGCAGCUUUACAUUGCUACACACAAACCUAGAAAAUAUCACACUUCCAAAACACACAAACAUAUAUUUUUUUUUUUUUUUUUAAAGAGUAUUUCCAGACAAUGCGCAAGGAUUGUUUGGUUAUAAGUGAUCCGUAUAAAUCUGCUUUUACCCCUCUCUUCCUCUUGCAUAUGGAGGUGGUGAUGUCCUAACCAUGUGACCACUGUUUGCUUAUGGAAAUGUUGUAAUAUAAACCGGAUAAUUGCUCUGAGCCGAGAACUCUCUCCUUUUCUAUUCUCCGGAAUUCUCCUCUCCUAUCUGCUUGCUUAAAAAGGAAUUAUUGUGAAACAAAAUACAGUAAUAUUAAACAAAACUGUAAUCAUUCACCUAAAUUGAUGCUGUUGGCAGUGGCUUUGCUCCUUUCUGUGUAAAUUGUUGCCUGCUGGAAGCAAAGUAUUCUUGAAUACUUGAAGUUGCUGUGGGCUCAAGAUCCUUCUCCCGCCCUACUCUUUCAAGCCAAGAUCCAUCAUUUCCCAAAUCAGGGUUUUUUCCUUUUGCUUUUUAUAAUAUCUGGUAGAUAGAGAUGGGAAUUUACUAAGCACUGAUGCAUUUGUUUUGCAUAUACCGACAGGUGGUCUGUCUUAUUUAAACCAUUGACCUAUACACAGUGUGAGUUAAGAGUCCAAAGCUACCAAAAUUACAGUAAGGUGCUUAAUGUUAAUGCAUUCAAGAUGGCGGGUUUAGGGUAAGGAAACUGACUAAGGAAGUAUUGGUAAUAAUUACAUUAAUCUAACUAACAGUCUCACACUUGGUGGUUCUUGAGUAAACCUGUGUAUAUAUAAUCAAAUGCUACAACUUUAGCAUACCUCUCAAAAAUCCAAACACUGGACCAUUAACUUGUCGACCUUUGUUCCUGUGCGUCCAUUUGUCUGGUUACAAUUGUGUCUGUUAGUCCACCCAUUGUACAACGCUAUGGAAUUUGCUGGUGCUAUAUAAAUAAUAAAAUAUGUAUUUUGUCUUUUUUUUUUUUUUUUUUGCAUUUUUUUUUUUUACAUACAUUUUGAUUUCUAAAGAGUUGUUGUGAAGAGUAUGGUACCCCCAUACCUUAUGUCUGGCAUAGGCAACCUACGGCACUCAAGAGGUUUUGGACUACACCUCCCAUGAUUCUUUAAUCGAAUUAUGGGUUGUAAGAGCAUUAUGGGGGAUGUAGUCCACAACAUCUGGAGUGCCGAAGGUUGCCUAUCCCUUCCCUAUGUUAUGUCCUAUUGUUAUUGCUGUCUGUGACAAUUUUAUGGAUUCAUUUUUAUUUUUAAAUGUGCUCUGUAUGUGUAUCUGAUUCCUAAAUUCUGCAAAGAUUGGUCAACCCCCUACCUUAACAAAGUGAAAUUCCUAGGGUGUUGUCUCCUUUCAGAUGCCCAAAGUGUUGAGGAGAAAAGGCACUGAUUGUAUAAUCUCUGCUUCUUCUAAAUGUUGCAGAGCUGCAUUAUUUUGAAAACAAAGUGUGUCUGCGGAAUUUGGUUAAUCUCCAUAGCAAACUGUCUGGCAAAGCAUUUCUUAGGGCCUCACAUGCUAUUCUACUGAACUGGCUGUUUUUAUGGUCGUGUUGAAGCCUGAAUAAGCUUAUGGUGGUCAUGGGCCAUGUGUAUCUGCCUUUUCAUGCAUGGCUUGGACCAAUGUUGUUAAAUUUAAUUGUAGACUAAUUAGUAAGUUGUUUGUGUAUCAGGGACUUGAGAUUGAUUCAGGGGUGUGCACGAUAAUUUGAAAGGUCUAUUGAAGUUUGAAAUCACAGUAGAAGCCGUAAAGGAAGAAAGAGUAUUUGAAAUACCGAGUUAUUUUUGAUAGGCCAAUAGAUUCUACUGUGCAGUCAGUCUAGAUUUGCUUUUCAAGUUUUUAUGGCAUUGCAGGAGUGAUCUCAUUAAUACUUUUAAUCUAGAGGAUUUGUUUUAAGCUUGUGGUAUUGUGGGCUCAUGGGCUGUGUUUUUGUGAGCUUUACAUUAUUUAUUUUUCUUUUCCCCCAUAUAGAGACUCUUAUGGAUACUCGCUUGACCACAUCGGAGCUGGCAUGGGUAGCACACCCAGACUCUGGGGUAAGAUAAUUGUCAAAACCUCCAUGCUUUCCAUUGCACUGGGCUUUAGAAUGGUUACAUCAGUCCACGAUCUAGAUUUCUCUGACAUUAUUUCUAACAUACAAUCAGCCUCCCACCAUUCGUUCUGUACAUCCUCCCUGCUUUUUAGUCCAUUCCCUCCAUUCCUUACUUUGUCAUUAUUAGUCCUCUACUUUGCCUCAGGCCAUACUCUUCUUUCUUCGAUCACUAAUAAUUCUAUUUAUUACCCUCUUCAUUUCCUUUCUGUUUUGACUGUCACUGUCUUUACAUGAACCAACUUGUUGUGUGACCUUCCUCCUAAUUCUUCCCCUCACUGUUUCUCGAUUAGCCUUUCUCUUCUGCUCAUGUCAUUCACCAUUUUCAUUUGUUUUGUGUUUGCGAGUGCUUGAUUCUUUGUUCAUUCCUGUUUCAUUGUGUCACAACCAUCACACAAUUUCUGCUUUAACACCAUCUGUUCUGCGCUUUUCCUCUUUCCCCUGUAAGUCAUGCAUACCCCAAGUCAUUUACUUUUCUUAACAUAUUGCUCAUAUUUCUCACUUUCAACCAUUGGUCUUAUCACAUUCUAGCUAUUGACUGUGUUCUAUCAGCUCUGUAUUCCUUAAUGUUCCAUACUUUACAUAUUGCUCUUCCAUUCCAUGAUCUUUCACCCCAUGCAUUAUCACUCCUUGAAUUUUUUAACAUUUAUUGUUCUUAUUUAUCAUUACCUCUGCUUCUGACACUUUCUCUUCUUUUGUAAAGUGGGAGGAAGUUAGUGGCUAUGACGAAGGAUCAAAUCCAAUAAGGACCUAUCAAGUGUGCAAUGUACAGCAGCUCAAUCAAAAUAACUGGUUACGUACCGAGUUCAUACCACGUCAGGAUGUCCAGCGUGUCUAUGUGGAAUUGAAAUUCACAGUGCGAGACUGUAACAGCCUUCCCAACAUUCCAGGAUCAUGCAAAGAAACCUUUAACCUAUUUUACUAUGAGUCUGACUCAGACUCUGAUACCCCCUUCUGGAUGGAGAAUCCAUACAUUAAGGUGGACACUAUUGCACCAGAUGAGAGCUUCUCACGCCGUGACUCUGGCAGAGUUAAUACAAAGGUCCGUAGCUUUGGGCCUCUAUCCCGAGCUGGAUUUUAUCUUGCGUUCCAGGAUCUUGGUGCUUGUGUAUCUCUCAUUUCUGUACGUGCGUUUUACAAGAAAUGCCCUCGGACCGUGGCUGGCUUUGCCAGUUUCCCUGAAACUCUGACUGGAGCUGAACCCACCUCCCUGGUAAUUGCACCUGGUACCUGUGUUCCUAAUGCCGUGGAAGUUUCUGUACCUCUCAAGCUGUAUUGUAAUGGAGAUGGGGAAUGGAUGGUGCCUGUAGGUGCAUGCACCUGUGCAGCGGGUUAUGAAGCCGCCGGAAAGGACACACAAUGCAAAGGUACUAAUUUUUGGGAUAAAUUGAUAGAACCUUGCUUAUGUACAUUAAUAAAGCAGGCAGGAGAUGUAGUGUUAAGAUAACUACAUAGAGUGAGGUCACCUAUGUUCAUUAUACUUAUUGAAUUAUUUCUGUGCCAAGCAAACCAACCCUCCACCCAGAGCUGCCUUUGUUACGGCACCAAUUGUUCUUGCCUGUCCUUUUAAUUUUUAUUUAACUAAAAGUUUUUUUUUGUUUUUUUUCUACUGUUUAAUUUCUCUCCAGCUUGUCCACGUGGAACGUACAAGCCAAAGCAAGGUGAUGGGAUUUGCAUCCUGUGCCCCAAGAACAGCAGAUCAACUUCAACCGCUGUCACAGUCUGUCCUUGCCAGAAUGGAUACUAUAGAGCUGAUGGAGAAACUCCUGAAAUGGCAUGCACAUGUACGAUGGGGUUGGGUUCAAAUGGCUGAAAAUGUGUUUUUCCAAAACAUAAGUGAUACAUAGAACUGUGGAUGAAGCUUUAAAGACUCUUUCAAACACAAAAUAUGUAGAUGGUCAUCUGAUUUAGUGUCUACCCAUGAUCAAUCUGCUGAGCUCUGCUGGCAAUAUCACCUGCAAAUGUAUAGAUUAAACUACUUUCUUGUCUUGUCAAGUCAUGUAUGAAUCUUCUUAGAUUCCAUCUGAACAUGAAUGUAAUAUUUCUUGAGCCAAGGAGAUUGGCACUGUAUUGUUAAUGAAUCAUUCAUUCUUAUUCUUGCAGGCCAGUGGGCUAGCACAGAGUAUAGAUAAAGUUAGUAGCGUUACGAAAUAGGACUCUUAUGAUUCCCAUGACAGUGUUUGAGUAAAAGUAAUUGGCCAUGCAGUCUUUAAUAUUUUUACUAGACUAUUUGGUGUUUGAAACAACCAUCUGCAUAAAUUUAGUUAAUGCUUUGUAAUCCAGAGCAAAGAAUUGUCAUUCAUUUCUCAUAGAUGCAACCUAUUUUCUAUUUUAAGGUAUAUUGCCAUGAGAAAAUAUAGCUUUGUAAAGCAUGUAAUAUAUUUAUUUCAAACCGAACAAAUAUGUUGUGAAAAGAAAGCUAUCCUUAUGAGAUAUAGUUAGGCCUACGGAUGGCACUGUAAAGGUAUAGCCUAGGACUCUUCAGAAUUUAUCGAUGUUGUGUUAGCAAGAUUUUUAGAUGCUUAUGUCUACAUUUUGAGAAAUCUAGUUUUUUAUUUUUAAAUUUUAUUUUCCCCCCUUCACUACUCCCUUUAGUGUAGAACUCUAAACUGUAACACUUAGUCUCCGCUUUAUAAGAUUCCUUUCUGUCAACCUCAUCUACAUGAGAAAGUGAUCAGGGUGUGUGUGUGUCUGGACUACAAGAGAAAAGAAUGUGACAUGAGAAUGUCAAUCUCCUUCAACUGCUUAAUUCCUCUAUUUCAGCUGUGCCUUCUGCACCACGUAAUGUCAUUUCUAAUGUGAAUGAGACGUCUGUGGUCCUGGAGUGGUCAGAGCCUGGUGAUUCCGGUGGUCGGGAAGACGUUUUGUUUAAUGUUAUCUGUAAAAAGUGCACUGAGAAGAUUUGCUCUCGCUGUGACGAUAAUGUUCAGUUUUGGCCUCGGCAACUUGGAGUCACUCAGCGCCGUGUCUCUGUCAGUCAUCUACAGGCUCAUACCAAAUACAGCUUUGAGAUUCAGGCUGUCAAUGGAGUGUCCAACAAGCACCCACACCCACCAAAUUACUACUCCGUCAAUAUAACAACCAAUCAAGCAGGUAAGUUUAAAAAAAAAUUUAAGAAUGAAAUGUUUGUAUUCUUGUUAGCAGUAGCCAGAUAAAUGAGAACAGUACAAGAAUAGCAAUAAGGGUUGGGGAAAAAAAAUAAAGACAGCUGGGUUGCAAGUAGGCUGAGGACAAACAGUAAGAGGAAUCUGCCAAGAAGUGAACAGGAGGUGAUUAACUUGUUUUUAUUUUCUUUUGUUUUCUUUCUCUUUUUUUUUUUUCUUUCUUCUCUUUAGCUCCUUCAGCAGUGCCGAAUGUGCUAAUUCACGGCAGUACAGCAAGUUCUCUUACUCUAUCUUGGUCUCCUCCUGAGAGUCCCAACGGUAUCAUUCUGGAUUAUGAGAUAAAAUAUUUUGCCAAAGUGAGCACUUAAUUUCCAUUUUCUUUUUUCCUGUUUCCCUCUCAACAUUCCUGUACGAACAUUCUCCUUCUGCUUCUUGGUCUCUUAUGUCUUCUAUCACAUUCUUCCUUGUGUUGUUUCUUUUUCUCUAUCUGUUUAUUCGUCUUUCCAUAGUAACUUUCCUUUUCCAGCUGCUAUUCACUUUCAUUUAUUCCCUCCCCCCAGUCUUGCUUUUCUACUCCACAGCUUCUCCUUAUCAAUUUCAGCUCUCCCACUCUCCUGCUUCUCAUAUUGCACACACAGGGCUUCUUCUCAGAACCAUGAUGUAGCCUGACCCAGUUCUUAUCUUAAACCUCUGCUUUUGUCAAGCAUCCCAUGUAUUCCCCCCCACCCCAUCUGAAGAUUUUUUUAUUGGAACUGAAUUUUAUUCAGUCACAAUUUAAAGCUUUUGUUCUUUUUAAAUAGUCAGAUGUGUGCUUUUUACAAUCUAAAAAAAAAUCUGUAGUCUCACUCGCUCUGUUCAGUUCCCCUUCAUGCUGUAAAUAUGCAUGUUUUAUUCACUUAAGAUUUGUAUUUAUUAAUUUUUAUUUUACUCUUAGGGUCACAGUGGUGCAGGUAACACUGUAACCAGUCAAAGAACAACGCUACGGAUGGAGGGGAUGCACCCAGACACCAUAUAUGUGGUCCAGGUUCGGGCUCGUACAGUGGCUGGGUACGGUGCAUACAGCGAUCCACGGGAGUUCCAGACCACAGCAGAGGAUGGUGAGUGAACACAUUAAUUGCUUUCAUGCACACGCCUUCCCAAGGCCACCUAACUUUAAUUACCAACUUGGGGCUUUGAUCUUUUAUCACAUUCCUUCCUUUUGGUCAUUGAUUGGGAACCAUACUCUUCUCUAUUCCCAUGGGUCUCUCACUAAGUGCAGAUUAAUUGCUUCCAAGCUCUUUCAUUCUCCUCCUCCCAACCCCCCCAACAUCCCAAUUAUUUUGAGUCACUGGUUUCUUGUCUGUACCCUUGUAUGCCCUUCCUGUGCCACCUCUGAACUUCUGCCUCUUGCCCUGCCAAUUAAUGUUACAGGGAAAUGCCUACCCCCACUUACUUGUUUCUACAUUGCUUCUGGGUUUUAUGAGAAUCUGAAUAAAAUUGGAUGUCCUAGUUGAAAUCGGAUCUAGAAUUUCUGAACAGUUGACCCAUAUUUUUCCACUUAUUCACACUACAAAUUUGUUUGUGUCCGGUCACUUCUAAAUGCCAUUUGCAUUUCAUAUGAAUUUAAACUGAUUUAAGAAUCUGCAUUCUCUGCUUUUCAUUAAUUUUACUUCAACUCCUCUUUGUAAUAUUCUGAUACAUGGAUGUAUUUAUUACUGAUCUUUUCACACUUCAUAGUCACAAAUCCCAUCAACAUGUCACUAAGAAGCAAUCUGUUACGCAAAAUCCUCUUGUAGUGUGCAUUUCUCACACCACCUUCUACUGUAUUCAUACCCGACAAGCCUGCAUUCCCAUCUACUCUCUAAUCUUCUACUAAUUUUCUUUCUAACCUCCUCUCUUGCUUCAAAACUCCACAAUGCUUAUUUGUCCACUGACCCUGUCCCGAAUGCCAUUCACCAAAUGAAUCUAUAGACACCCUGUAACAGUCUUUACUGAAUAUUUGUAUCAACCUCUUCUGCAAUGAUUACUGCAGUCUGUGUAUUUUUUGUAAUGUCUUAAACCUUUAACAACUAUAACAACCACAUUUCAAGUGAUUAUUUUUUUGUUAACACUGACCCACCCGUCUUAUAUUUCUACACCUCUUUCUUUCUGUGUAUAUACCCCCACAACCUUUCUUGCCGUGUACCUGUGCAGUGGCCGUGACCGUUCACUUGCUUUCACUUUAUCAGUACCUCAAACUUUAUUGGUUCUUCAAUCCCAAUGAAUCCUUUGCCCUGCUGAUUCCUCACACCAGUUCUCCUAUGCCUGCUGAUUCCUCACUCCCAGUUUUUCCUGUGCCCACUGAUCCCUCACCUUCCCUCCUCCUUUCUCCCUAAUCUACCCCUGCAGGUGACCGGAGCAGUCUGCAGGAGCAGGUCCCAAUGGUCGUUGGCUCUGUUACUGCCGGAUUGAUAUUCAUAAUUGCAGUGGUUGUCAUUGUAAUUGUUUGUUUCAGGUGAGUGACACAUUUGUAAAGAUGAUUGGGACAACCAGAAAACCAGUGUGUAAUAGUGAUGAAAUAGUUGUCAAUGUGUUAUUCUUAGGGCCAUUUUACAGAAAUGUGGCUGUUUACUGUAUUGAUGAUGUAUGUAUUUUUGCAGCAGGAAACAAAGGAAUGAUCCUGAAUCAGAAUACACAGAGAAACUGCAGCAAUACAGUGAGUAUUUUUUCAUUGCCUUACAUUUCCUUUUAUUGUUUAGCCCGAUUUUAAGUGUUUUUUUUUUUUUUUUUCUCUUAUAUUCCCAUCCAAUACACUUGUACACAAGGGUGUUUUUGCAUUUCUAGAGUGCUAAACUGCCUGACAUUUCGUAGGAUAGAAUAUGCAGGGAAUACUCUAAACACAGUACUCACUUUCACUUUGAGUGGUGCUUGUAUGUUCUGUUCUUACACUUUAUUAAAGGCAGCAUCAUUUUAGAUAUCCAUUUUCGCUGUUGUCUUUCUGGUCCUUGAAUGUGCUGGAUGUUUACCAUUAUCUCAGAACCUGAUAGACAGGAAUUUUAAAUACUGCCAAGAAGAACCAUAAAGCACAUUGUAUGGUCAGUCACUUUGGCUAGUUCUCGUAAAGACUUAAACGUCCGUUCCCCCAAAAUUGCCACAAAUUCAUUACUUAAUCCUGUAGAGUCAGUAUGGUAGAUCCUUUGACUUAACACCUAUAUCUCAACUCCCCUCUACAGAAAGGCAUCUGCUUCCACAUACUUCUUACUGUAUAAAAGACAUAACGUGGUUAUCAUUGUUUUCCCAUUAACCCUGAGAUUGCCCAAAUAUGCCACACAAGACAUGUUACCCUCUUUUUUUGCAGUGGUUCCAGGGAUGAAGCUUUAUAUUGAUCCAUUUACAUAUGAAGAUCCUAAUGAAGCUGUGAGAGAUUUUGCAAAAGAAAUCGAUAUAUCCUUUGUGAAGAUUGAAGAAGUGAUUGGAGCAGGUUUGUUUGAUCCUUCGAAGUACAUGCAUCAUUUUAAAAUGUUUUUAAACACGGCUUGGUUAUUUCUAAUUAAGAUAUCCAAGCAAUAUUGUGUGCCAUACAUUACAAUACAGAUUCACUAAUUGACUUAAUGCUCUUAUUGGCAGUGAGUCACAAAUGCAUAUGCUUGGGGAGAAUUUCCUUGGUUUUUGGGGGCAUUUUUUUUUUUCUUCAUCCUGACAAAUAGGAAUUCCCCCAUAAACAUUGGACUUGUCAUUGUGCCUGUAAACCUAAAACUGUAAUACUUAUAUUUUUUUAAAUCAAAUAUGUGAAUUGUGUUUGUUUGUUUUUUUUUAUUUAUUUUUUUUUUUUUAAAUCUCCCACCCCAGGUGAGUUUGGAGAGGUGUGCCGUGGCCGUUUAAAACAAGCUGGGCGUAGGGAACAACUAGUGGCAAUUAAGACUCUGAAAGCAGGCUACACAGAGCAGCAGAGGCGUGACUUCUUGAGCGAGGCAAGCAUUAUGGGUCAGUUUGAUCAUCCAAACAUCAUCCGACUAGAAGGAGUUGUGACCAGGAGCCGGCCUGUGAUGAUCCUGACGGAAUUUAUGGAAAAUGGAGCCCUUGACUCCUUCCUCAGGGUGAGCUUGUAAAUGUAUUUUCAAUCCACAACUAGACUAGGUUCACACGUGAGCUUGUGUAAUUUACAAUUAGCAGAAUGGCACUCCUAGGACUUAUUCUGGAAAAAUAAAACGUAACGUUUAAUUGGUUCAGCGUUCCAGUUUAACAAAACUUUCAUCAGGCUCAGUUGUACACCAUUUGCUGGAUAGAGCAUCAGAUAUAUAUAUAAUCAUUUGCUAGACAGAUGAGAUAGAAGUAUGCUGUAUAUAAUUUGAGAUCAGAUGGCUUAUUGGAAUAAAGGUCAUUUUGUUAGGAGACUUGGGUUAAAUCAGUAGCCCUUUCCUAGAGCAGUUGUGAAAUUGAUUUGUUUUUUGCCUUGGAAUCUUUUGACUGUAGUCACUGUCUUUUCAGAUGAAUGAUGGCCAGUUCACAGUUAUCCAGCUGGUGGGCACACUUCGAGGCAUUGCAUCAGGAAUGAAGUAUCUAUCAGAGAUGAAUUAUGUUCACCGUGACCUAGCGGCCCGGAACAUCUUGGUGAACAGCAAUCUUGUCUGCAAAGUGUCUGAUUUUGGCCUGUCUAGAUUCUUGGAAAACAGCCGCUCUGAUCCCACAUACACUUGCUCCUUGGUAAGAUGGGUUUGUGAACCAGUAAAGAGAAUUGGCAUGCAGGAGCUAUGAGAGGAAAUGAUUGAAUGCAUAGUCAUUUAGUGUUUUGGGGAAAACCUAUUAUUGUGACUAUACCAUCUGUAUAAAUCGGGCCACGAAAAGUAUUCAUUAUGCAGGGCUGUAAUGGUGUGUUCAAGCGGUUCCCUGUGAAAAGGGCAGGAGUGUGUCGGCAUAGUGUUGUAAUGUAGCUAAUUAGUACCUUCUGGGGCUUUUAAGAGGCACACUUACACAGGCGGUUCAUUUAGUAAAUCUCAUGUAGGACAGUGGCACUAGAUGGGGUUUAUGUUGACUUUCAUAUUCUCUUAUGCUUAGUGAUCAGUGGAUAGCAGUGAGAUUUUUGUUAUAAUUGAAGUUCUGGUGUAUAUGGCAGUUAAAUUUGCUUUGUAUAAAAAGGGGUGUCCUGUAACCCCAUACCUUGAGGAACUAAAAGAACUACAGAAAAUACGUCCUCUCCUAGUGUUUCAUCCAACAAAGGUCCACUACAUUACAGAAACUAUUUUUUUUUUUUUUUUUUUUUAAAAAAAAGCUUUGCAUACAUAUUUUCUAUAAGCAAUCCGUGAUAAAAAAUAUGGUCACAAUUUCAAAUGGCCUCGAAAUCAGUGGUGUGGGUGUAGGAGUGCUUCUUCUGUUUGUUUACAUUUAUUUAUUUUUAUUUUGUACAUGGAUGUUUCAUUUACAUCUAUUUAAAGACUUAAAGGAAAAUGUCACAGUAGAUGUUUGAGCAAGAUAAUGUUGUAUCUCUCUGUAUUAGGGAGGGAAGAUUCCAAUUCGCUGGACCGCACCAGAAGCCAUUGCUUAUCGAAAAUUCACAUCCGCAAGUGAUGUGUGGAGUUAUGGCAUUGUCAUGUGGGAGGUGAUGUCUUAUGGAGAGCGACCUUACUGGGAUAUGUCAAAUCAAGAUGUAAGUAAAGCUUCACUUAUAUAUUGUUGGCUAUGUAUAAAGAGUAUUCCUUAAAGGUUGAGCAAUCAAAAAGAAUAUUCAUUUGGUUUCCAUGGUGAUUGCUCCACAUUCAGGAAUUUGCUUAAAAUAUGCUAUUUAUACAUAACCACCAAAGAGAAAAGCAGGAAAAUGAUGGAAUAGUUUGUGAAACCCCCCAUGUUUUACAGUUGACUAAUUUUUGUGGCUCCCCCCCCCCCUCUUUUUUAAGGUAAUUAAUGCAGUGGAGCAGGACUACAGGUUGCCACCUCCUAUGGAUUGCCCUGCUGCUCUACACCAACUCAUGUUGGAUUGCUGGCUUCGUGAUCGGAACUUAAGACCCAAAUUCUCUCAAAUUGUCAGCUCACUGGACAAGCUAAUACGGAACGCCGCCAGUCUGAAAGUGACCAGCCCCACACAAACCGGGUUAGUGGAUUGCUUUAUUUGAAGUGAUUUCAUUUAGUCAAACUACAGCAAUCUCUCAUUGUGAAUAUAUUCCUACAUCUUAAUUUAUUACUCCAUUUUACACACAACCCCUCUUUAUUUUUAACUUGUUUGACUUUAUUUUUAAUGGUUGUAGGAUAUCUCAGCAGCUUCUUGACCGGACUGUUCCAGAUUACACAACCUUUCCCACCGUUGGUGACUGGUUAGAGGCAAUCAAGAUGGGCCAAUACCAGGAGAACUUCCUGAGUGCUGGUUUUACGUCCUUCCAUUUGGUGGCCCAGAUGACAGCUGAGUAAGUCUCAAACAAGCCACAUGUGGUUAUGAGUAAUGAUGUAGCUGGGAAAUCAUUGGACAACCUAGUAGUGAAUUAAGCAAACGUGUAACAGUUCUGAAUUCUCCACUUUUCAGAGACAUGCUCCGUAUCGGGGUGACGCUGGCUGGCCAUCAAAAGAAACUUCUCAAUAGUGUCCAGGAUAUGAGGCUGCAAAUGAGCCAAACUUUACCUGUCCAGGUGUGAGAUCACAACACCCAGGAACAUGGAACACGACUCUUCAUAUUGAAGAAAUAUUAUGAACUUGGAUAGGGCUCUAUAGGAAGCUGAAGGGUGCACACACAAAUUCUUCACAUGGUGGGAGUUUAUAAGUGGAGUUAGUCUUUGCACAUAUUAACUUUUUAUCCUCUGCUUGCUGAGAACUUGCACUUAGUGCUGAUCUGCUGCAGUGAGCAGGAUAGACCUCAGACUCCAAACUGUGCUUUCCCCGUUGUCUCUUAUUGGGUGACCUCCUGUAUGAAGAGUGUAUGUGAGUGAAUGUGUGUAUGACUGGUGCGAUAUCUUUAAACCGUGUAAGGGAUAAAUUGGUGGUAUAGGACGACAGGAGUGUGAUUACGGCUCAUUUGUGGGUAAACAGAGAGCCCCUAAGGGUACAUGUAAGACAAUGUAAGACCUCUUUAAGUGUCUUCCACCACUGCAGGACCAACACUUGUAAAAGAUGCAGGAUUGCAGAGCUAUCCAUUUUGUUCUAAUAGAUAUCUGCAGCAGGCACUCUGAGUAAGCCCCAAAUCUCUCUUCCUCACACGCAAAGAAAUAAAAGGCUGUGUGCCGAGUGGUCACUGCAGUGCCUUGUAUGGUCUGCUCACCUCUAGAGAGGGGGCUGCUAAGGACUCCUUUUUUUGAGAUACUUAAAUCCAAUAGUUCAGAUGUACAAGGCUAUUGGUAGUUAUAUCUCAUACACUGUGUCCAAGUCUCUUAGUGAAUAUGAGCCACUGUGUCUGAAAAUAAAUUCCUUCAUCGAUCUGUGCUAAUUCCCCUAAGAUAAGGAGAUGGUACAGUGAAUUCAUUUUAUUUUAAAUGCUGCUUUUUAUUUCACCUGAUUUUUACCCUUCCAAAUAUGUCCCUAUCAAGACCCCCCCAUUUCCCCAUACUGUGCUCUGUCUACUCAUCCCAUCUGCUAUCUGCCUCCCCUCACCCUUCUCCUUUGACAAUUUAGUGUCAGUCUCACCUACCCCACUAUGUCUUCCUAUCCCCUCUCCCUUCCCCUGAUCAUCCUUUCUCCUCCCCAUUCUGCUCCCCUAUUACAUGCUUCCCAUUGUAUUUUUUUAUUUUUUUUCCUGCUACCAUGAUUUUUAAAAAAAAAUUUAUUUUAUUUUGUUUUUAUUUUUGCGCAUAUUCGCACACUUUAAACAAUAUGGGGAUGUGUUUGAGUGCAAAUUCUCAUCAUAACUUUACAUUUUAUAAUUUUUAUAAAGAAGUACUUUUUUCAAUUAAAUUAUUUAAGAAACGAUAUGUGGUGUUGUAUUUCCUUUUUUUCCUUGCCUAUUUUGAUCAUAAAUGAAAGUUUCAUUCUAACCACUGUGUGGAUUUCCAUUCCACUGCAUCUUGGUAGAACAUUCUUCAACAAGGUCUGCUAAAUCGCUGGUUAAUUACUAGUGACCUUAUUUAUUAUUGUGUUCUGUUUUUGAC